UAUCCUUUUCUCCUCUCCGGCCCUUCGGUUUUGCUCGAAACCAGGCCUACCUUUCCCUUCGCCACAUCGGGGCCAAAACCCUAACGAUACAGGCGCGACUAGAGUUAGCUGAGAAGGAAACGGCAGGAUUGCAGCGUACAAAGACCUUCGAAACUCUCAUCUUUCUCCUCCUUCCGCUCAUCUCCUACCCGAAACCAUUGAAGAAGAUUGUCUGUUCCGGUUUUGAAAAUUCCUAGCAUUGGGUACGAGUAGUUACACUUUCUCAUUCUCUUUGCUAUGGUUGGACUUAUCAACCUCCCCUCCAAAAUGUUGAUCUUCUCAAUUGAUUUUCAAGCAACUUUUGAGUUUCAAGGAUAGCCAACCCUGAUUGGGAUCCUCUUUCCUUGGAAAGAUGGGGCAAAGAUCAUGCCCUGAAGAAGCUUCUAAGGUUCUCUUGGAACAGUUUGAACUUAUAUUGGAUCAUCAUAAGCUCAUUGAUGAGGUUGGCUUCAUACACCCAUCCCAAUUUGCAGAGUUAAAUGAAGAUUCAAGUAUUUCAUGGUCUCCACUUUCCAACUUCUGCGAAAUAUUCAAUGAAUCCUGUGGGAGAGACGCAACUGGUUUGACGUUUCUACAAAAUGAGAAGACUAUUUUCUGGUAUGGCAAUCAUAAGUUGGCUAUCUCAAUGCAGAUUGUUCCCCUAUUGUAUUAUGCUGCUCGACUUGCACAUAUGGAUGCCAGAAGAAACUAUAAAAGGUUAAUCAACAUAUCAGAGGGCAAAAUCUCCUUGAACACUGCAACUUCUGAAGCUCAAUUCCUAGAAAAAGAUAUCCUGAAGCACUCUAGGGCUCUUUUGAUAUUGAGUCCUGAUUUCGGCAGUGUUUGGAAUUCUAGGAAGCUGGUGCUCUCAAGGGAGCCUGAUUUGUCGGUGCUUCUUGACGAGUUAAAUUUAUCAUUGCUCGUUCUUUCUUAUUCACCAAAAAGUGAGCAAGCGUGGAGCCAUAGACGGGGAAGUUGACCAGGAAGCUGCAUCUUUUCAAUGAUCUGAAGCUAAUUUGAGGCCUUGAUCAUGUUGAGGCGCAAUUUGAAGAAGCUGAAUUUUGUUAAAGAUAUGAAGCUUGUUCCAAGCUCUCUCAAUGUCACAGUGGUUUUCAUGGCUGGAUAUAAGUAAGUUGACAUCAUGUGCCUCUUAGCACUAAGCACAUUUUAGGUCAUUGGCUUGGAGAGUUUCUUAGAAAUCGAC